AUGCACCACCACAACAGCAUCAAGGAGGGGGAGCCGAUCAAGAUGUCGGGCAUGUUCAUGCACCCGUCGUAUAGCGAGCUCAUCAACGAUUUCAUUGUUCUGAAGCUCGAGAAGUUUGCUCCUGUGCAACUGGCUGCAGCUGAUGACACGGAGCUCAACCUCGGCGACUGGGCCAGCGUCCUCUCGUGGGAAGUUCAUAAAGCAAAGGGUAUGGACUGCGGCCGAGUCAAUAUGCCAAGCGUCUUCGCACGCGUCUCCAGCGACUGCAAGUGA